AACUUGUUGUCUGUUGUCCGUCACCAGUGCGCAUGCGCAGCCCGGGGUGACGAAGAUGGUGCUCAUCAAGGAAUACCGUGUAGUGUUGCCAGUCUCUGUGGAAGAGUAUCAAGUAGGGCAGCUGUUCUCUGUUGCUGAGGCCAGCAAGAACGAGACGGGAGGAGGAGAGGGCAUCGAGGUGCUGAAGAACGAGCCGUACGAGAAGGAUGGGGAGAAGGGGCAGUACACACAUAAAAUCUACCACCUAAAGAGUAAAGUCCCAGGUUAUGUGAAGAUGAUCGCACCAGAGGGAGCGCUAGUGUUUCACGAAAAGGCUUGGAACGCCUACCCGUACUGUCGCACCAUUGUGACGAACGAGUACAUGAAGGACGACUUUAUGAUAAAGAUCGAGACGUGGCACAAACCAGACAUGGGAACAAUAGAGAAUGUCCACGACCUGGAUGAGCAGACAUGGAGGACCGUGGAGGUGUCUCCCAUCGAUAUCGCCAGCAGAGAUGAAGUCACCCACGGGGACUACAAGCCAGAAGAAGACCCGGCUCUGUUCCACUCCGCCAAGAAGGACAGAGGACCUCUGGGCCCCGACUGGAAGAACGAGCUGAAGACAGACUGUCCCUACAUGUGUGCGUACAAACUGGUCACAGUCAAGUUCAGGUGGUGGGGCCUGCAGACCAAAGUGGAGAACUUCAUCCACACGCAAGAAAGGCGUAUUUUCACCAACUUCCACCGCCAGCUGUUCUGCUGGAUUGACCGAUGGGUGGGUUUGACCAUGGAGGACAUCAGGCGGAUGGAGGAGGAGACCCAAAAAGAGCUCGAGGAGAUGCGUCAGAAGGGAGAUGUGCGAGGCACCUCUGCAACAGACGUGUAGAGGCGGGCGCUGUAGGUCAAACACACUAGAGGCAGGCUGACUGCGUAAUACAGGUCCGAUUCGAGGCACCAGUGCUGCUCAUGAGCAAUGAGGCAAAUCAACCAAACCCCGUCACGAUGACGUCAUCAGAGACGCGUCCACCACGAUGAGGAGGAGGCCCGACGCUGCGUCUUCUCCUCCCGUCUCACAUGAUUCAUUGGGGGGUUUGAUGAUGAAAGAUUGGUUUAACAGUACUGUACAGAUUCUACCCCGAUCACAAGCCUCCUGUUCACACAGACAACAUGGUUUUGCUUACAUAUUUAAAAAAAAAAAGAAAAGAAAAAAAUACCCCUCUUUGCACAGAACGUAAAUUGCCUGAUAUGUAAUUGUUAGUUGAUGGUUACGACGGGCUUUGUUUUUAUUCAGGUGUGCACACCGGGACUCAGAAAGUCAAGCCUUUUUAAAUUCAUUAGAAUGUUUUUAGCUUCCCACAACAAUUGGUAUCUGGUGACUUUAGCAGGUAUUGAACCAUUUAUCUCCCCACCUUCCCUUGUAUUAUAACUGUCUGCCCCCC